AUGGAAUCCAUUAUAGAAAACGAUACCAUUGAGCAGGACUCGUUAGAUAGUAUCGAGUUGCGUGUGCCACAACUUGAAGAUUAUUCUAUCCACACAUAUGAGAACUCAUCAGAUGGGACAACUUCCUACUCUGACGGAAGCGAACUUAGCUCAUCCUCGAGCAAAGUGAGCUUCCGCGAUAAAGUUAGGCAGAUAUUUAAGAAAACGCCUAAGACGGACGCAAAUGAGGAACAUGAUGAACAGAGCAAUAGCUCAUUCUCGUUUUUUAGAGUGCACAGAAAGAAGAAAUGUCCUGAAGAAAAUGAACUUGAAUCAAGUAACGAUUCAGAGAAAUUGGACAAUCUUCAACCAAAUGACACCAUUGAUGGAUACUCAAAUCGAGAAAAUAUCAUGAUGCAAAAUGGUUCAAAAUCACCUAACAAUGAUCAUAGUGUGGAGGCUAACGAUUCCACCGGUCUCUUAUUAGCAAAAAGCAUAGACAACAUCGAAGAUUAUAGUGAUUAUGAAAAUGACGCUGAUAUAUUUGAUUCUAAUGAUCAAGGAAAGCCGGAAAUCUCUCCGUUAACUCCAGCUGAGUUUAAUAACGAUUUGGGAAAAUAUAAAGGUGUUUACGAUUUUUCUGAAUUCUUCUAUGAGGUCUGGCAGCUUAUAACUAAUGAUGGGAUUACUUUAGAAAGUAUUGGAAAUCAAAAACCUAAAGACUAUCUCCUAGAAUCCAUACGGCAACUAAUGACAGAAAACAAUAAACUAAAGGUGGGAAUGGAAGAGUUUGAAGAGGAGUUGCUACAAAAGAAUACAGAGUUACAGAAAGCUAAGAAAACCUACAAGGAUAAACUGAAGAAAUCUGAAGACAAAUACAAAACUAUUAUUAAGAAAUACAUUGCUGAACUAAAAAUUAUGACAGACGAUAAGAACAAUACCGCUUGUAAAGAACUUAUAGAUUUUGAUUCUAUGAAUCAAGCUUUAAAACAACGAAUCGCUAUUUUGGAGUCUGAGUCAAAUGAUUUGGACACAAGAAAUAAGGCAUUGACUGAAAAGCUUGAGAAAAUGACUGAAAAGGUUGGUGAAGUCUCUAGGCAGUUAAUUACGAUGCAAGAGGCCAAUGAAAGGUUUAAAGAAUCUCUAGAUGAUUCAACAACCAAGAUUGAGAGAGCCAGCUUUGAGAUCGAUAGGUCCUGUACGGCAAUUAAUCAUUUAAAGCAGAAAUACGAAUAUCAAAAAAAGAAGACAUUGACCUUACUGAAACGAGACAAAACUCAAAGGAAGAUGGCUGAAUUUUUUGAGACGUACAUGAGAGAAUCGUUGUCCUUUGUGGGCUACUUAUUAGAAGCAUUUAAGGGCAAAUUUAACGAGACUGACUAUAAUGAGUUACAAAAUUAUUAUCUAGAUAUAAGCAAGAUAACGGAGCUCAAAGGUGAUUUACGAGAUGCUGAAAACGUUGAUUCUAGAAUUCAUAGUCUGGAAGAGAUGAUAUUUAACUUUUAUUCUGUUGCAGCUAAGGCUCAAUUUGUAGAGCCUAUAUUGGUGAGGCAGGAUACUGCUGAGAGAUCAGUUACUUUCCUAACUGGCCAGCUUGAAAGUCUCAAGAAAGAACUGCAAGAAACCAAGAAAAUAAUUAAGCAAAUGAAGAAGGCCAGUUCAAACUCAAGCCAUUAUGUCAACAAAUCACAAAGGAGAUUAACAAACAAAACACAUACUGAAAUUCUUGCAGAUUUACCAAUAUAA